AUGGAUCAGACAAAAAAUGAUUACAUAUCUCCCAUUCGAAGUAACGAAAGCGAUAUAGAUGAUUCCGAUGCCAAUCAAAAUUUUGAUGUUUCUUCAGACAAAUUAUUCUCAAACAGAUUAAUACCUACAACUAAGAAUUCUUCAUCCAGCAGCAACAUCAGUUCUUCGACUAGUACUGACAGCUCCGACAGUCCAUCUGAGUCUACAGUUUCGAAUAUUGAAGAUAAUGGAGAAAAGAAAGGAAAAAAAAGAGUACGAAAACCUGAGAAUUGGCAGAUAGCGAAGACGAAUCUAGCAAAACAGUCUUCGAUACUCUGGUAA